GGACGCUGAGGGGAGGGAGUGCAGGAGGAGAGGGCCCAGCACUUACUGCAGCUUCAGCACCAGCUCCAGUCAUGGCCUCGCUCGUGAAGAAAAUAAUCAGCACUACUAAGGCCCCUGCGCUGGGUCCCUACAGCCAAGCCGUGCUGGUGGACCGGACGAUGUACAUUGCAGGGCAGAUAGGGCUGGAACCUUCCACUGGGCAGCUUGUCUCUGGAGGGGCAAAGGAGGAAGCCAAGCAGGCUCUAAAAAACAUGGGAGAAAUCCUGAAAGCUGCAGGCUGUGACUAUGGCAAUGUUGUGAAGACUACGGUUUUGAUGGCAGACAUGAAGGACUACAAUGAUAUUAAUGAUGUUUACAAACAAUUUUUCAAGGCAAACUUCCCAGCCAGAGCAGCCUAUCAAGUUGCUGCUUUGCCCAGAGGGGCCAGAGUUGAGAUUGAAGCUAUUGCCAUUAAGGGACCUCUCCAAGAUGCUUCAGCAUGACUAUAAGUGGAGACUGGAUAUCUUACAAUGACAGUUUUCAUUUAGUUAAUACUUCUCCCUUAUAUCAAAUUCCUACAGCUGACUAACAGCAGUUACACACAGUUGAAAUCAGUUAGCUUACUGAGGAAAGGUGCUUCCUUCAGUACUCACAGUGAGUUCUCUGCUGGCAAAUCCUGAAAAGUGCCUGAGUCCUGCUACAAUCAGCUGAGCCAGAUUGCAGGACAGGACUGCCCUUUGUGGAGGUGACUGGAUAUUCAGGCAUUAGGGUGCAUAACUGUGUGAAUAUAUUACAGUUAUACUAUGGGUGAUCUGGACAUGGAAAACUAUAGUGAUUUGUAAUAGUAGAUUUUUAGUAACAAUUUCAAAUCAGAAAAAAUGACAGAAAUGAGAAAACAGAGCACUUGAAUUGUUAUGCUUAGCAUACGUCUUCACUGCUGAGGAGUUUUACUCUAAUUGCUUCUGAAUUUUCUUAACCUCAUUCUUUACAUAACAGAUUACUGUUGGGAUUCAGAUUUUUUCAUACCUAAGCAAUUGCUUAAGAAAGUUAAUAUUAGUUUCAGAAAGAAGAAAAUUACGCUUUUCUGAAGUGGUACCUUUAUAAAUCAGAUGAAAAUGAAUUAAUCUACCUGUAACCUUUUUCAUAAUCUUUUUCAUAUCAUUUCAACUUUGACUAUGUUUUGAUUAAAAAAAAAACAACAAUUAAAAAAUGUUUAAUGAGAAUAAAAUAUAAUUGCAACUGCAAAAAUGUGCUUGUCUAUUAAGGGAACAAACUUUUCUUUUCCUAACUGUGGUUUGAUACUCCAUUACAAAAAAGUUUCCAGCUUGCUUAUUCAAUAACGAAUAAUUUGAACCGAAAGAGUAAGCUUAUUUAUCUACAUCCUAAUAGCUACCGAUUAAAUUCUCCAGGACAGGAAGCUUUCAGCUGCCAUGUCAUUACAGUUCUUGUAAUUUUUUCCUCUGCCACUGAGGUUAGAAGUAUUGGUUUGAUGGAGUGAUUAAGCAAUAUUGAGAAGUCCAACUGGUGAUGCUAGUAACUUCUCCCAUCCUUUUGUACUGAUCUUCUAUCAAGUAGAAAUGGAUACUGUGAGAACAGUCAACCCAACUUACCAGUCCUAGAUUUGAUGUGAAACAGCCAUUCCUUCUUUUCACAGAGCUUAUAAAUUGUACCAUUAUAAAAAAAAAAAUUACUCAAAAUAAGGUUGUCACAGCAAAUAUUUGCAGAUCUAUGGAUUUUUUAAUAGUAUUAUCUUGCUUUCUUUGGCAGAUUAAUUGUAUUUAUUAGAUGCAAGAUAAAACCUUUGUUAUUUCAAACACCAAACUUCCAAACAGCCUUUGAAAAAUGCCUGACUUUUCUCUAAAUAAGCUUCCUAUAUGUAAACUUUGAUUAGUUUUGGCUUCUGUUCUUGUUCUAUUUCCUUGACUGUACUAAUAAUGCAACUUAUGCUCUGUAGCUUUGACUCCAUAAGCAAUCUCACCUAAGAAAAAACAUGGUCAGACUUGUUAGGAAGGAGUUAGUACUAACUAGUAUGGCAAUGACUUUCUAGGAAGCAUAAAGCAGGUGUUCCUUCAUUCUUUAGAUUAAUAAUCAUUAAAAAUAAUUUAAUUUGAGUUACAUUUAAGUUUUUUAAUGUAGUUUAAUUCCUAGUUUAUAUUUAGGUUUCUUUGUUACAGCUUUGUUUAGGUGUAAUUACUUGGUUGGGAUUUAUUUCACUGAUUAAUAGUGGAUUUAGUUCAAGUUCACUGUACCUCAGUUGAUUUCAAGAGUCUUGAACAUUGGCUAAGUUCAGUCUUUUAUAAUAAUGACGGUGGUUAUCCCUUCUUUCUGCUCCCCCCUGCCUUCCUAACGCGGGACCCGCAGCCUUUGUGCCACCUGCAGCCCAACACGAGAUGGCAGUAGCGGUAUUUUCUUGGCCGGUGUAAAUCCAUUGCCUCUUUCCUUGGGAGACUUCGGUGGCAGGAGAGGGAAUACACCAUUGCUUUCCCCAGUAAGGGACAGUCUGAAACUGAAACGUAAAUGAAACACCUGGAAAAAGUUCCAUGCUGAAUGCUGCCAGCAGGGCAGAACACAUUAAGUGUUUUAAUUAGCAAGCAGGUGCCAUUCUGCAAAAACUCAGGAACUGAAGUUCCCUUUUAGCUCUGUCAUUCUUCAGAUGAAGACAGUUGUAGUUUUUAGACUAUAUAUUUAAAUCAAAGCCAUUCAAGACAUUUUUUUGAUAUGUAUUCUUCUGGUACAGGAAGUCUAGAAUAAAUGUAAUAAAUGUAAUAAAUGUAAUAAACAGCUCUAGCAUAGUAGUUUUCAAAAUAAAAAAAUCAGCGUUCCACAGAGAAACAUAAGACUUUUAUUUUAUUAAGCAGAGUUAUAUUAUUUGAUUCUAUUCUUUAAAACAAAAAGGCCAACACAUGUGAUUCUCUAAUAUGAAAAUUCUGUCUCUUAGGUCUUAAUUUGCAAACUAAUUAGUACAUAGACAUUUAAUAAAUCCAGUUUUAAACAGAAGCAUGUUAAAAACAGCUUUUUUUUUUUCCUUUGCUAGACUGAGCUGCAUGCAAAAUACAAAGUUGAAAUUCUGCUUGUGGCAUCCUGAUUUCAGCAUUUAAAAUUUGUUUCUAAUACAUGUAACUAAAAAACCACAGCAAAACAGGUCUCUUUCUGUAAAAGUAAAGCAAUGUAUGAAGUACUGAAAUGUGUAUGUUCUACCAGGCAUUUCUUUUAGUAAGACCCUUUCUUCUUUAAAUGAUUAUAUUCUCUACAGAUUAAACAAUGCAAAAAAUAAAUUUCAGUACCUA